AUGGCCACCAUGAUGGAGAGAGACGGCAGCGCUUCUAGCGCAUCCACAAGUGAAGCACGAGCCCGGCAGCCACAUGCAAAGACUGCUGAAGCAAAGGAAAGUGGUCUGCUACAGCAGAGCACAAAUGCUUCAGACCCUGAAGGCCAAGUCGAGCCAGUCGCUGAGCGCGAUGCUUUUGGCAACGAAGACGGCGCUCAAAUCCACUACAAGACAUGCAAGUGGUGGCAUACUGGUGUUCUAAUGCUCGCCGAGAACGUUUCCCUGGGCGUUCUGGCCCUUCCUCAAGCUCUCGCCGUCCUCGGUCUCGUCCCCGGUCUCCUCUGCAUCUUUUUCCUCGGUAUCAUUGCCACAUAUACUGGUUGGAUCAUCGGCGAAUUCAAGCUGGCCCAUUCGUCUGUGCAGUCUUUUGCGGACUGUGGUAUGCUGAUUGGUGGGCCGGUUUUGAGAGAUAUCUUCGCUUUGGGACAAGUUCUCAUCUUGAUCUUUAUUCAGGGUGCACAUGUGCUCAGCUUUUCGAUUGCUAUGAAUGCUAUCACUGAUCAUGCCGUGUGCACUAUCUGGUGGAAUGUCAUCGGUAUGGUUCUUUGUUUGGUUUUGGGGCUGCCGAGGACGUUCAAGAAUGUCAGCUACCUGUCCAUCUUUUCUUGUCUCUCCAUCAUCAUCGCAGUCACUGUAGCAAUGGUUGCAAUAGGUAUCCAGAAACCCGACGUCGGCAACAUCCUCGCUGUUCGUCCUGAUGUGCCUUUGGUCAAAGGACUUGGACCAGUGCUCAACAUCAUCCUGGCAUAUACUGGCCAUGUCGCAUUCUUCUCCUUCCAAGCCGAGCUCAAAGACCCGCGCGACUUUAAGAAGGCACUCUUUUUCGAGCAAGGUAUCGCAGUGACUUUUUACAUGACCAUCUCCGUGGUCAUCUACUACUACGCCGGUCCACUCGUCGCCAGCCCCGCGCUCGGCUCUGCGAGUCCCCUCGUCACAAAGAUUGCUUUCGGUAUCGCCCUUCCUACAAUUAUCGUCGCUGGUGUCGUCAACGGCUCGGUAGCGUGCAAGUACAUUUACGUCAGGAUCUGGAGCGGCACGAACCUCGUUCAUCAGAAUAACGUCAAGAGCAUGAGCAGCUGGUACGGCAUCUGCACAGUAGCUUGGAUUGUGAGCUGGCUGUUGGCUGAGGUCAUUCCGAACUUCAACCUCUUCUUGGGGUUGAUCGGUGCGUUGUUCGGAAGUUGGUUUAGUUGCAUGUGGUCUUCUGGAACGGAGCUCGCUAAUGGCACGGGAGGAAAGGUGUUCUCGUGUGCGAACAACUGGGAACCUAAGAGUUGGGUGGCGGCAGGCGAGAAAGGGGCAUGA